UACCCCAUGAUCCCACAAGAACUGUUCUACACCGAUCCAACGAUGAUGUGUGGGACCAGAAUACCCAACCACGUGAAUGAGCUGAAGGACUUUGAUUGCUUCCACCUCCACACUCCUCCUCCGAUCAUGUCUGCGUGUCCCGCUCCUCCAAACGGCUCCGACCCCUUCAGGACGGAGCGGCGUCUCGUGAGGAACCUGGGCUGCUCCUUCUGGGAAACGGGCCCUUUACCGCCCCCCGUCGGCCGAACGUGGGUAGUGCUCCAGCUCACCCCAGAAGAAGAUCAGACCAUCACCAACCUCCUCAAACUCCACCACGGGGAGGGGGCGGAGGAAGAUGGAGACUUUUACAUGGACCGUGAGUUUAGCCCAGAUCAGCGACGUGAACAAAUCCACAGAUGUUUCACUCGAUCGGAAGAGGCUGGUUUGGGAAAGCAAACAAAACGCUGGUCCGACAGAGAACUCGAAGCGGCGAACACACUUUUAACUCAGUUUGGCGCGACACGUGAAGACGACGAUGACGAUGUGAAAUCAGACGGAUGGGACGAUUCAAAGGCUUCAGGUGUUUUUGGUUUUAACGAUAGAGCGUUGUCCAGAUCUGAAGGAGAGGCUGUAUGUGGACUCCUGAAUCUGGGGCUUCUACAGACUUAAAAUAUCAGUUUUAUACUUUUAUAUCGGUGUGUUUGUGUGUGGCAUUUAGUCUUUUACAGUUUAUUUUAAAUUCCAGGAUCAGUGGCUGUUAAAUAACUUGUUGUUUUGGUUGUUGAUGGUGAAAUAAAGAGCCACGUUUGAGUCACAAAUAUA